AUACGUGCCGAUUUUUUCCAAAAGUUAUCCAUAUAGUCUAAUAAUAUAAGAAGCAUUGAUAUUACUUCAAGAUUAAUGUCAGAAUGAUUCCAUUAGGUCAUGAUAUGGAAAUCUCUAAAUACUACAACAAUCCAUUCAAAGAUAAUAACGAUGCUGUGUGCUACGCGGAGAUCUGUCCUGAAGAGGUAGAUAUACGCACUCCCUCCUUAAGCCCCGCAGCACUCAUCUCACAGCACCAUCAAGAUCUGCAGUCUUGCCAUUAUGAAGAUACUCUUUCUAAGAUUUGUUUGGAUAGCAAUCCGGAGAAUAUGCCCUUUAGUGAAUCACGGCCUAGGAACUCAGGCAAUAUGUUUGUUCAGUCUUCCCAAGAAGAACUCCAGCACGCGAAUAACACCCUCCAUACUAUGCAAAAUGAGUAUGAAAACCUGAUAGAAUCCCUCCGCGUUCAGCUGGCAUCUUCGGAAAAUGCGGAGCGGGAGGUUAAGAAUGAAUACACCAAACUUAAAGACAGCAUGGAGUCUUCCCUACUGGAAAAGGGACAGCUCAAGGAAACACUUGAGAGGCAACAAAAACAAAAUGACCUCUUACAAAGUCGCAUUACUGAACUUGAAGCUCAAUUAAAAAGCCGCGAAUCACACACGUCCGUGGAAAGCGCCACAACUCUUGUCUGUCAGCGGGAGUCAUCGGAAACCCCUCAGCCGAGGCGUGAUCCUCGGGAAAUAAGGCCCGCAACCGACGAGCGAAGCAACGCCGCGAAAGACCCCCGGGCGUACAAACAAAGGGCCUUACUUUCUCAACCCACAAAACCCGAGUCGGACACGAGGCCAGUGAUGUCGGAAAAGGAAUUGGAAACCGAAUUACUCCGUAAUUCCCAGGCACGUGACGCGCUAGUUGGGCAGAUGCAGCGUCUUGAAAGCUUACGCACACGGACUGCGGCUACAAUUAGGGAAAGGUCAACUACUCAAAAAAAAUUAGAGGAGGUCGAGAAAGAAAUCGGUCGCAUCCGACUUCACCUGCGUUCGCAACGAGGGCACGGUCGGUAAAAACUUCACGUGGUGAUAUAGAAAAAAAUCGGAAUAAAUGACAAGCAGUGUUUUGAAAAAUGAAACAGCUUAUGAGCACCUUCUCAUCGUUUAUGCGAUAUCCUCUUCCUAUGGAGUUAUCAUUUUUAAAAAAUCACCACU